CUCAUCCCGAAUCACCAAUCGCCUGCAGAAGACCACCCAGCAAGACCUCCAGGCCUCAACAUCAACCACAGGGUACCUGUAUUGCCAGCCCAAGUCGGCAGUCACCCCAAUCCGCCAAAAUGUCAUCCGCCAAGGCCGUUCAAACGUUUGGUAAGAAAAAGACCGCUACCGCGGUAGCACACGCCAAGGAGGGCCGUGGUCUCAUCCGCAUCAAUGGCUCGCCCAUCAACCUCGUCCGCCCUGAGAUCCUGCGCUACAAGAUCUACGAGCCCAUCCUUGUCGCCGGCGAGGACUCCUUCGCCCCCGUCGACAUUCGCGUCCGGGUGAAGGGUGGUGGACACACUUCGCAGGUCUACGCUAUGCGUCAGGCUAUUGCGCGUGCCAUCGUUGCUUACUACGCCAAGUACAUCGACGCAUACAGCGCCAUGGAGCUGAAGAAGAAGCUGGUGGCAUACGACCGUUCCCUCUUGAUUGCAGACCCAAGACGGAUGGAGCCGAAGAAGUUUGGUGGUGCUGGUGCCCGUGCUCGCAGGCAGAAGAGUUACCGUUAAGCUUAUUCUGUAUAUCAUCUUGCGCCAUGUUCUGCACGCUUUUUUCUAUGCCAUGCCGGUACCAAUGCAAUCAAAAUUAUGAUAUGGCUACCGAAGC